CUCAUCCUUGGAAGUCGCCGCUGGCAGCGCCUCCAUCGAAUUGUAUCUGAGGUUGCGUGAAAAGAGCCGGAGCAGAUGCGGGAGAUGAUGAACAAGAUGGCGGAAGGCGAUGAUAUGUACCGUAACAACGACGCCACCCCUUUCAGGUCGAGGGCCCGGAAAGGGGCCCUCAAAAAAAAGAACGUCAUCUGCAUCAAAGACCACAGAUUCAUCCCCCGCUUCUUCAAACAACCCACUUUCUGUUCACACUGCAAAGACUUCAUCUGGGGCUUUGGGAAACAAGGUUAUCAGUGCCAAGUCUGCAGUUUCGUUGUUCACAAACGUUGUCAUGAGUUCGUUACUUUCAAGUGUCCUGGCGUUGACAAGGGGGUGGAUUCUGAUGACGCACGGACGAAGCACCAAUUUGUGGUGCAUACCUACACUAGUCCAACUUUUUGCGAUCACUGCGGGUCUCUUCUGUACGGCAUUAUCCACCAAGGUUACAAAUGUAAAGCGUGUGACAUGAACGUGCACAAACGGUGCCAAGAGAGCGUUCCCAACCUUUGUGGAUGCGACCACACGGAGAGAAGGGGCAGAAUCGAACUUAGAAUAGCUCAUAUCAACAAUAAACUAAUAUGCGAAGUGAGACAAGCGAGAAACUUGAUUCCUAUGGAUCCGAACGGUCUCUCGGAUCCCUAUGUAAAGAUGAAAUUACUCCCCGAUACAGGAGAGAAGAAGAAAACCAAGACAAUCAAGGCUAACUUGAAUCCGACGUGGGGAGAAACUCUCACUUUUGAUCUCAAACCAGAGGACAAGGACAGACGCCUGUUGGUAGAAGUGUGGGACUGGGACAGGACGUCGAGGAAUGAUUUUAUGGGAUCCCUGUCCUUCGGGAUCUCAGAAAUCAUGAAAAAUCCCGCAGAGGGAUGGUUCAAAUUGCUCACAGCCGAAGAGGGCGAAUUUUACAACGUGCCCGUACCUCCACAAGACAAAGAUAUUUCAGAGCUUAAAACUCAAAUGAAGGCAAGGAUAUCGAUGAAGAAAUCAGACAAGUUGAUAUCUGCCAUCACAGACAUUCCUCACAACAUGGGAAAGCAGGACGUUAUCAGGGCUUCCGAUUUCAACUUCAUUAUGGUUCUUGGAAAAGGCAGUUUCGGUAAGGUGAUGUUGGCUGAAAGGAAAGGGACGGAUGAAUUGUAUGCCAUCAAGAUUCUGAAGAAAGACAUCAUCAUUCAAGAUGAUGACGUGGAGUGUGCCAUGGUCGAGAAACGUGUCUUGGCUCUAGCCAAUAAGCCACCUUUCCUCGUUCAGCUACACUCCUGCUUUCAGACGAUGGAUAGACUGUAUUUUGUAAUGGAAUAUGUGAAUGGCGGAGAUCUGAUGUUUCAAAUACAACAGUGCGGCAAAUUCAAGGAGCCCGUUGCCGUGUUUUAUGCUUCUGAAAUAGCAAUUGGAAUGUUUUUCCUUCAUCAAAGAGGUAUUGUCUACAGGGACUUAAAACUAGAUAACGUUCUUCUGGACUAUGACGGACAUGUAAAGAUCGCCGAUUUCGGAAUGUGUAAAGAGGGAAUCGUUGGUGAUAAAACGACAAAAACCUUUUGUGGAACACCUGACUAUAUAGCACCUGAGAUCAUUCAUUAUCAACCUUAUGGUAAAUCAGUCGACUGGUGGGCAUAUGGAGUUCUACUCUAUGAAAUGCUUGUCGGACAGCCUCCUUUUGACGGUGAAGACGAGGAAGAAUUAUUUGCCUCCAUUACUGACCACAACGUCUCCUAUCCAAAAUCUCUAUCCAAAGAAGCGAAAGAAGCCUGCAAAGGUUUCUUAACAAAGAAUCCUCAGAAGAGGCUUGGUUGUAGUGCGCAUGGAGAAGAAGAUAUUCGAAUUCAUCCCUUUUUCAGACGAAUCGAUUGGAACAAAAUCGAAAACAGGGAAGUUCAACCUCCAUUCAAACCAAAAAUCAAACAUCGAAAAGAUGUGAGUAACUUCGAUCGUCAGUUCACAAGUGAGAAGACAGACCUAACACCUACAGAUAAACUCUUCAUGAUGAAUUUAGACCAGACAGAAUUUUUUGGAUUCUCCUUUCUCAAUCCAGAAUUUGUUCAGCACGUAUAGUACUGGGAGAACUAUUUAUUUAUUUAUUUUCAUUCCAUAAGCUGUAUUCUGAAUGACUUUCCUUCCAUAAAUUUGAGCUGGCUCACGAAUUGCAAUUUUUUUGAAGCAAUUUUAAAGAUAGCUCACUUAUGGAAGGGGAUUUUCGUAAAACGGUCGAACACAGCUUUUGGUUGAAUAUGUUUUUUGAAAUGUUUAUGAACUAUAGGUGUUCUCAAUUUUUUGCUGACUACUUAAAUAAUAGUGAGAAUUCUUCCAACUCUUCUUCACUCUUCUCAUUUAAAUACAAGUUCACACUUUUCUAA